GCUUCAGUCCUCGUCCUAACACCGCUACAAUAACAUACUUUCAGUUUUCUACAGUGCAGUGAAGUGAUUCAGUUUGAGAUUACAGAUUGUAAGAAACGAGCUCUCUUCUGGAUUAAUGUUUGUAUUGCAGCUGUGAGCAGCAAGAGAAUACUCGUUUUGAAAAAAAUAUUGUUCAGAUAUUUGUUUUGUGUGCAAAAUUGUAUCACGAUUACUUAAUUAGUGCAAUCUGUGCUCAAAAUGUCCUCCAGAGGAGUGCAGGAUGGAUCCAGGUCUCCGAGAAUCAUAACAGAUUGUUUCUUCGAUGAUGACGGGAGUGAGAGUCCCACAAGCGCGGUCGGGGCGGAGGCGCCUCGGGAGCUCCCCAACGAGCUGUCAGCGCCUUACGAGGUACCGCAGUUCCCUAUCGAGCAGAUAGAGAAGAAGCUGCUUAUCCAGAGGCAACUCAAUGUCAAAGCGGCAGAAUGUGGCCAAUCAGCGCGCUCGUUCGGCGGCAGCGAGGCAGGAGGUGCAGCCAGCGUGUUUGAUGAAGCAGCCAAGCUAAGGGUACCUGAUGAUGAUGAUGUGGACGUCAUCCUGCCACACUUCCAGAGGGUGGCCAUCAGCGGAGAAGAUACCUCGGGGGUACCUCUAGAAGACUUGCAGCAGGCGUCAUCAUACCUGGUGCAGGCGCUCGAGAUCCGCAAACGCUACAUGGAGAUGUCUCACCAGAGCUUCUCCACCAUCACGACGCGGUUCGUGCGCAGCAUGGAGGCCGACGCGCCGCCCAAUCAGACGCCAAGCAUGAGGGUGCCAAAGAGCCACAUCGCAGACCACAUCGUGCACCCCCCUUUCAAAGACAACAAGGACCCCUGGGAAUGCCCCAUGCCGGCAGCGAAGGGUUACACGAUCAAACAAGACCGCGGCGUGUUCAACCUGUACACGACGGGGGAGGACGGCCAGGAGGCCAGGGUGCCGUACAAGUACGUGGCGCUGCCGGAGUUCAUCCAGGACAAGAACACUAUGUGCAGCAUGAUCGCUGACGGGCCACUGAAAUCCUUCUGCUACCGACGGCUGAGCUACUUAUCAUCCAAGUUCCAGCUUCACGUGCUGCUCAAUGAACUCCGAGAGCUGGCCUCGCAGAAAGCUGUGCCUCACAGAGACUUCUACAACAUCAGAAAAGUGGACACUCACAUCCACGCAGCGUCGUGCAUGAACCAGAAACACUUGUUGCGAUUCAUUAAGAAGACACUCAAAAACCAUGCGGAUGAGGUGGUGACGCUGCACAAAGGCAGCCCGAUGACGCUGAAGGCGGUGUUCCAGUCCAUGAAUCUAAGCACUUACGACCUCACCGUCGACAUGCUUGAUGUACAUGCGGAUCGCAACACGUUCCAUAGAUUUGACAAGUUCAACGCGAAAUAUAACCCCAUCGGUGAAAGCAGAUUAAGGGAGGUCUUCCUCAAGACUGACAACUUUAUGAACGGAAAGUACUUUGCUAGGAUCAUCAAAGAAGUGGCAUCCGACUUGGAAGAGAGCAAGUACCAAAACGCGGAAUUGCGUUUGUCCAUCUACGGCAAGAGUCCCACAGAAUGGGCCAAACUAGCCAAGUGGGCCAUCCAGUACAACGUGUAUUCCGACAAUGUACGCUGGCUGAUACAGAUUCCUAGGCUAUACGAUAUCUUCAAAUCGAACAAGAUCAUGAACAACUUCCAGGAGUUCCUCGACAACAUCUUCAAGCCGCUAUUCGAGGUCACCAAUGACCCUAACAGCAAUCUAGAAUUGCACAAAUUUUUAACUCAUGUCAUAGGCUUCGACAGCGUGGACGACGAGUCGAAGCCGGAGAACCCGAUGCUGGACGCAGAUGUGAAGGUCCCCCUGGAGUGGGACGACGAGGAGAACCCCCCCUACGCGUACUACCUCUACUACAUGUACGCCAACAUGACCGUGCUCAACCAUUUCCGCAAAGAACAAGGCCUGAAUACAUUCGUGCUUCGCCCUCAUUGCGGAGAGGCGGGCGCGGUGCAGCAUCUAGUGUGCGGGUUCAUGCUCGCCGAGAACAUCUCCCAUGGACUGCUGCUCCGGAAGGUACCAGUUCUCCAGUAUCUGUACUACCUAGCGCAGAUCUACAUCGCAAUGUCUCCGCUCAGCAACAACUCACUGUUCCUGAACUACCACCGCAACCCGCUGCCGGAGUUCCUCGCCAGGGGGCUCUGCAUCACGCUUAGUACCGACGACCCGCUGCAGUUCCACUUCACCAAGGAACCGCUAAUGGAGGAGUACAGCAUCGCAGCUCAAGUGUGGAAACUGAGCUCAUGUGACAUGUGCGAGCUUGCGAGGAACUCCGUCCUCAUGUCCGGGUUUCCUCAUGAGAUGAAACAGUACUGGCUAGGACCACACUACAUGAAGGAAGGUGUCGCUGGUAACGACAUCACACGCACAAAUGUCCCAGAUAUACGGAUCUCCUUCAGAUACGAGGCGUUGCUCGACGAGCUCACCAACAUCUUCAAGGUGUGCCACGCUUCGUUACCGCCUACCCCGUCGUCGCCGCAGCCCCCCGACCUGACAGCGCCCAUCGUCAGUUUGAAGAGACCUUCUCUCGUGUGAAUCAUGUUACCCAGAGAAUAACAAUCACUGCUCUGGCUUGACCACAAAAAUAUAUAUAGUCGUAUAGAUAAUAUUUUAAUAAGAUUAACUAUAAAUCGGUUUUACGAAAUUUGCAACGCUCUAAUGCUAAUUUCGGGGUAGAAAGAAUUUCUAAAUAGUUACAAAUCUGCACACAAGUUUUUGUAAAUGAAAUUGUUCAAAAAUAGCUAGGUAUAUGGGGUAAUGGUUUAAAUAUAUUAAGGUAAGAAUAAGCAUAAAAAGAACAGUAUGAGAACGUAGAAUUGUUGCGACUCGGAACUUACGAUAACAGUCUACUUAUGCAAUAUAAUUUA